GUGAGCAAGUUCAGUGUAAAAGUUGCCGUUGCCUGAAAAUGUUGUGCACCGGAAAUUGAGCAGCGGAAGUGGAAUGGCCGCCGGUGAACGUUUUAGAGAGAAAAUCUUUGCAUAAUCAAAAUAUAGAAGUUAACUAAAACCCAAUAGAGAAGUGUUUGCUUAAAUAUAAUAAAAGUGUUGAAUGAGUGCUAAUGAUUAGUGCAUUACUGUCUAAUUUGUGAAUAAAAUAAUUUGUAAAUAAUUUGGGUUGAAAACUUUUUUGCAGAAUCUGUGCUGCAGCGAUGUAUAUUUUUUUUCUCGCUGCACACAACACAUGAAAAGUGAGCAAAAAGCCAAUGAGAACGCUUUGUGUAUAAACGACAGACUUACGCACUGUGUAAGUGGAUGACCGAUUACCAGACUUAAUAGUGGCUUGUUGGCUGACAGAUAGACCGACAGACAAACGGCACACAGACAGACGGACUACUGCUCUGGUGAAUUGAGUGAGUGUCCGUCGCACUGGCUGGCUGACUGCGAGAGUAAAUGAGCAAAACAAAAACAGCAAAGCAACAACAAAAGGCGAAAAACACAUUGCACGCGUUAUCAGCGGCAAGUGAAACAAAAUUAAAAAUGUAAAACAAAACGAAAACAAGUAAUAAUACUAUUAAGCAUAACAAGUGCAGCGCUUGUCAACAGUACCUACUCAUACCCCCACCCCCACACAUGUAUGUACAUAUAUACAUAUGUGUGUGUGUGUCCAUAAGCUAAUGUUGACAGCAAUAAAGCAAAAUAAAUAAAUAAAUGAAGAAGUGUAAACGCUAACGUGUCGAAACAGGAGCAAGUACUUAAAACAAAACAAAUGAAAUCGGUGUGAAAAUAAACAGUGGAUUCUUUUGCUGCAGAGCAUAAACAGAACAUAUGCAAAAAAGUGAACAAAACAAAAACUAAUCGCUCAAGCUUUACCAAUUUAAAAAUGUUUAAGAAAGUAAACUAACAAAUUCGGUCUAAGUCUCCUUCAAUUUUGUGUUAGAACUUUUAGAAGUGUAAAAAGCUAAAAUUUCUUGGUGAUUUCAAUCAUUGGAUAAUUUGUUAUGCAAAAGGCAAUAUUUUACUUAAUGGCCAAUACUGAAAUGAAAUCGGACUUAAACCGAAGCACAGCAACCACCAGACAAACUUCAACGUUCAUCACCAGAUGUUUACGAACUUAUUUAAUUCAGACACAUAAAUUAUAAACGAAAGUACAGAGAAUGAAAUUAAGCCAUUUCUCAACAGUGAGUCGCAGUAAUAUAAUGAAGCACUCACUGGCGAACUAACUUUCGAUUUGGUGCGCAGCUGGAUAUUCACCUAUAGUUCCUUGAAUGAACGAAGUUGUGCUAAUAUUAAUAAAGCGAGCAUUUGAGACCAUUCAAUUUAUUAAUGAAGAGCAAAAACAUUGAAAUUAAGAAGAAAACUUAGCUCUAGAGAUGAAGGCAGUUUAAUAAAGCAAUUUGUUGAGUGAAGCAGCAAUUUCCAAGUAUUAGCAAUAAAGACUCACUCGCCCUGCUCAAGUAUCGAAAAUCAAAACACACUAACCCUGCAGCAACAGCAAGUAAAUCAGGAAGCGGCCAUCAAUUAUCUGCUUAGCAGCAGGUGCAAAGGAUAACUGUAAACCGACAGGAUAACCAGACAAUGAUUGCCAGCAUACAAAGCACAACAAGUUGCCAGUGAAGCGCCGAAGCGAGAAACGUGGUGGCUAUUGGGCUGCACUUUCAGUGUGAGUGUGGAGACGCAAUUGGAUUAUAACUAGAAAAUCAGGCCAACGAGACUUCGUAAGAAGCGAAUACACGUGGCACUAGCAGCAUACUAUGAGGCAGCGGCAUUGUAAGUGGGCGUACAAUGGAACGUGCCGGAAGCUCUAAGGCGUUGAGCAGAGCAAAUUAGGCGCUCUGAAAUGUCCAAAACAUCAAGUGCAUAAAGCAACCAAAAAAAAUUUGCCCAUUUAGAAGCGUUCGAACCGACAAGAUAAUCGUCUCCAACAGCAGGCUUAUAUACAAAUCGUCUAACAUAUCUUAAGGCGAGCUAAACAGCAGCGCAAGUGUCGGUGACAUGUGAUGGAACGGCUAUUGAACCGGUUGUGUUGCUGCCAAUGAGUUCCCACACUAGUUUUAUGUACGAGCAGCAACCCCGACAACAACCACAGCAAAAGCAACUACGCUCCACAUAUCCAAUUCAAGAUGACAGACACUUCAGUGACAACGACAACAACAACAUCAGCAACAACAACAACGGAUGUUGGCUUUACGUCAGCUGGUAAUAUAACUGGCUCAUUGCCCAAAAGCAAAGAGGACGCUGUCGAUGACCCAGCUGUCAGCAUAAAUAAAUCCUUCACAAAUGGCGAUGCUCAUAUGGCGCAAUCGCCACCGCCACUUAUAAUAAAAGCCGACCAACAAUCGCAACGCAAUAACAACAUAGGUGCGGGGGUUGCGGGCGACGCGGAUGGUAUGUCAACUAGCUUGACCAGCAAUCGUUACUCGUGCGGCUCAGUGCAGCCACUCACAACAACUGUGGCAGUUACGCGUGGCCGCAUGCCUUCCACGGACAAUGGCGGCACCUCGACCACCAGCACAAGUAAUUCGAUUUCCGCUUGCGACAUGACGACGUUAGUGCAUUCGACCGGCAGUAGCGCGGCCAAUACGGCGCUCAACUCACCAAUUAACUGCAGCAGUCCGACAGCGAAUGCGACAUCCACGGCGGCAACUACGUAUAGCAACGGCGGAAAGGUGACACGUCGCGAAGCCACACAGCAAGAGGUGGACGAAGUGGCGCGUUUAUUCGAAGAAAAGCCGGAAGCUUUCGAGAAAUGGCUGAUGGAGCGUGCGCCGCCCGAGGCUUUGGCGCGCUUGCACGAGUUCAUCGAGUCACGAAAACCACCGAAGCGGCCAUCGGUGACGUCCGAUCUCUUUCAGCAGUGGAUGGCAGCAUCGCCGGUGCAGAAACCUCAGUCCCGCUCACUGUCCACGUCCUCCGGCAAUUCUGUAUUUGAUAGUCGUCGUCACCUGAUGGAAUUGGAUGAAGGUGAACUAUUCAUGGAGCUGAUUCGUGAUGUGGCCAAUGAAUUGGAUAUUGAUGUGCUGUGUCAUAAAAUCCUCGUCAAUGUAGGACUGCUUACUCAUGCGGAUCGUGGCUCAUUGUUCCUAGCCAAGGGGCCACCAAACAAUAAAUACCUGGUUGCGAAGCUCUUCGAUGUGACACAGAAAACAGCGCUCAAGGAUGCUGUUAAGAAGGCUAAGAUGGAGGAGAUACGAAUACCUUUCGGUGUGGGCAUUGCCGGCAUGGUGGCGCAAACAAAAGAGAUGAUCAACAUAAAGGAAGCUUACAAGGAUGCACGUUUUAAUUGUGAGAUUGAUUUAAAGACUGGCUACAAAACGAAUGCAAUAUUAUCGAUGCCAAUAUGCAAUUACGAAGGAGACGUCAUAGGAGUGGCACAGAUUAUCAACAAAACCAACGGUUCCAUGGAAUUUGACGAGCAUGACGUCGAGAUUUUCCGACGUUACUUAACCUUUUGCGGCAUAGGCAUACAAAACGCACAACUAUUUGAAAUGUCCGUCCAGGAAUAUCGACGCAACCAAAUACUCUUAAGUUUGGCGCGAAAUAUAUUUGAGGAGCAAAAUAACUUGGAAUGCUUAGUGACAAAAAUUAUGACGGAAGCACGAGAGCUGCUUAAAUGCGAGAGAUGCGCUGUGUUUUUGCUGGAUUUGGACUGUUGUGAGGCGAGUCAUUUGGAGAAAAUUAUUGAGAAACCUAGUCAACUACAAACUCGUCUUAACCGCGCCAUCAAGGAUGUGGACGAUAAUGAAAGAGAUGACAAACAAAUGUCCCGCACGCGCUUUACAGUUCUCUUUGAGCUGGGUGCCUCCAACCAGUCGGCCAAUAUUUCCCGCCCCUCUGUCAAUGAUCUGUGCAACUCCACUUUGGCGCAGAUUGCGCAAUUUGUUGCAACCACCGGGCAGACUGUGAAUAUCAGUGAUGUCCAUGAGUGGGUGCGGGAGCAUAAUCAAAUACGAACAGAGAAUGAGAUUGACGCGACAAAGGCGAUCUUGUGCAUGCCGAUCGCGAAUGCGCAGAAGACAGUGAUUGGCGUGGCGCAGUUGAUUAAUAAGAGCACGGGUUUGCCCUUCACCGACUCAGAUGUUUCCAUUUUUGAGGCGUUUGCCAUUUUUUGUGGUCUGGGCAUACACAACACGCAAAUGUACGAGAACGCUUGCAAAUUAAUGGCGAAGCAGAAGGUAGCUUUAGAAUGUUUGUCUUAUCAUGCGACCGCUAGCGCGGAGCAAACCCAGAAGUUGGUCAACGAUAAAAUUGAAUCGGCCGAAAAAUAUGAUUUAUAUAGUUUUAAGUUUAUUGACUUUAAUCUCUGUGAUGAUGACACUUCUCGCGCCGUCUUGUGCAUGUUUCUGCAAUGCAAUCUAGUCUCAAAGUUCCAAAUACCAUAUGAAGUUCUUUGCCGUUGGGUGCUGAGUGUGCGCAAGAAUUACCGUCCAGUGAAGUAUCACAAUUGGCGUCACGCCCUCAAUGUGGCCCAAACAAUGUUCGCAAUGCUAAAGACUGGCAAAAUGGAACGUUUUAUGACUGAUUUAGAGAUAUUGGGUCUUUUGGUGGCCUGCUUAUGUCACGAUUUGGAUCAUCGUGGUACAAAUAAUGCAUUCCAAACCAAAACUGAGUCACCACUGGCUAUACUAUACACGACUAGCACAAUGGAGCAUCAUCAUUUUGACCAGUGUGUAAUGAUUCUGAAUUCAGAGGGAAAUAAUAUAUUUCAGGCUCUGUCACCCGAAGAUUACCGUUCAGUUAUGAGUACCGUGGAAAAUGCCAUACUUUCAACCGAUCUAGCAAUGUAUUUCAAAAAACGCAAUGCCUUUCUGGAGCUCGUCGAAAACGGCGAAUUCGAUUGGCAGAGUGAGGAGAAGAAAGAGUUACUCUGCGGCAUGAUGAUGACCGCCUGCGAUGUGAGCGCCAUUGCAAAACCUUGGGAGGUACAACAUCGUCUAGCCAAGCUGGUAGCGGAUGAGUUCUUUGAUCAAGGUGACCUUGAGAAACUGCAACUAAAUACACAACCAAUAGCCAUGAUGGACCGCGAACGCAAGGACGAGUUGCCUAAAAUGCAAGUGGGUUUCAUAGACGUGAUAUGUUUGCCGCUCUAUCGUGUGCUUUGCGACACUUUCCCCUGGAUAACUCCACUAUAUGAGGGCACCCUAGAAAAUAGACGCAAUUGGCAAGAUUUGGCCGAAAAAGUGGAAAUGGGUCUCACUUGGAUCGAUCACGAUACCAUCGAUAAACCGGUGGAAGAAUUUGCUGGUUGUGCCGAUGAGGAGAUAAAGGAUAUCGAAUUCACCGUAACCACAUUGAAUUGUCAUCCACAUCAGCAGCAUGGCGACGAUGCUUCCACACCGGAGCAUCAUCGCGGUAGCACACGACUGAGCAUCAAAAAGACGGGCGCUCUGGGCAAGGCCGUACGUUCGAAAUUGACAAAAACGCUGUACAACAGCAUGGAUGGCGUUAAACAGAAAUCUUCAUUUAAGCUGCUCGACUCACAUGUUAGCGAGGAUUUAGACGAUAAAAGCCCAACGAGUCCUUCGCAGCCAAUGGUGGCGGGUCCAGGUCACAUUUCCGCUUCGUCAUCCACAUCUUCGGCAGGCACUGUCAGCACGACCGACAAGUCGAAGAAGCGCUCCAAGUUGUGUUCGCUGUUGUGACGAAAACCAUCCAAUUAGAAUUUGGUGACCUCCACCGAUAAGCACAGUGGCGGUGGAGGGUCGACCGAUGUCUAAUUGGAGUUAAAACUUAAAUAUGUAAAAUAGGUAUAGCGGUAAGGGAGCAACACUUUUGUGUAUAAAGAGCGGGGUUAAUGCAAGCAUAUUCAGUCUGAGAGAAAGAUAAUUAAAAAUCUAACCAAAAAUCAAAAUUUUUUAGCAAAUUGAAACAAAAAGAUUUACAAAGUUGCAACAAAAAAUCAAAAUGAAGUCCAAAGAUAUACUAUUAGACCAAUUUAGAGUGGUAAGAAAUGUUGCAAGUACAGAAUUUAUUACGCAUUUGCACUUACAAUUUUGAAUUGGAUAAUACAAUAGGCCAUUAAGAAAUUAAACAGUGCAAUUACGAAUAAUUGAGUAUUAGACAAAUCAAAAAUUCUGAUUGGUCAAAUUUGAUACAUUGAAAAAGACUCUUUCGCGGCGUAAAAAGAAAAGCGUAGCUCAUGUGGGAGGUUUUCGGUUUUCUGCCGAGCGCUCGAGAGUAAGCAGCUAAUAUCAACGUAUUUAGAACCACGAUAAUCCAAGAGCUGAAAGCAUGUUAAGCUUGUUUGAAAAUUCUCUUGAACUAAGCAUAAUACAAAGCACAACCUAAUUGACUACCAAAAACUAUUAGGACAUACUUACAUGCACUUAGAUAUGAACGCAAAGCAUGUGACUUUACUAGAACUCAAUUUUAAAUAAAUGUUAGCAGCGAUUCCGCUUUGUGUAGAGAGAACACAUACAAAUUUGUGCGUAUGAAUGUAUUUUUUUAUUUAACGGUAAGCUAGUCAAAUUUUCAUAAAGCAAAUAUGCAGAUGGGAAGCAGUGUCGCUUCAGUGUGAGUCUUUAUUCUAGUCGUAUCACAUACUAACUACACUACUUUGAAUUAAAUUCACAUUAACUUUACAAGCUUUAGAUAUAAUAGAGUUAUUAGGCAAUAUGCACCUUUCACAGCAAUGAAAGCGCGCACUGGUGGCUUGUGCUUGUGUGUAGAUACAUAGACACACUUUCGUGCUGCAGCUCACAACUGGCGGCGCAUGCGCAACUACUUUGAUAGCAAUACACUCACUACUAUGAUAUUUAUGCAAUCUCAAAUAUGAAUAAAUACAAAAUAUGUAUGUAAAUUUGCAUGUUACUUUAAUUGUUAUGACUUAGUGAAAUAUGGUAACACCUUUGUGAAAAAAUCCUUUUAGAUAUAGCUAUAUGUACGUGUAAUGUGUGCACAAUAAACACGAAAAAAUAAAAAACAGAAAGAAAAUCAUUUUAAACUAAAAAAAAUUUAAAACAAAAAUUAUUUGAGUGAGUUUCCAAACUGAAAGUAGCUAACUGUUAAUGUAACUGCAGAGCGCUUUAUAGCCCAUAGAACUAAUGUAGCGUUUUAACGGUAAAAAUAGAAUGAAGGUCAAGCUAGCAGAAAAAACAUGUAAUCAAAACUUUAUUCGAACUUUCGACAUUAGAAAAGCACAAACAAAUGGAAUGAAGCUAAUUUAAAGUAUUUUUCGAAACCUCAUUUACUAAAUGUGCAUGUCAAUUCCUAAAUUAAGUAAUGCAUAAAUGUAAAACAAAGCUAAGCAGCACAUGCAAUGUCAAAAUCAAAAUCAAAAUGUAAUGUAUGAAUACUGAAACUAAAUGUAAUGAAAAGUUUUACUUUAAAACCCACGAAAAUGUAUAAGAAUUGCUAUGAAGCAAGACCGUUUAGAAAGUCUUAUUAUAUCUUAUAAGCAAUUAUUGGCUAAUGGAAGCAGAUGGCUUUUUAAGAACAGACGGAAUAAAGAACUUUGAUUGUAAAGCAAUUUGUCAUAA